AUGGUAUUACUCAACAUCUGCCAAAUUCUCGUCAAUGUCAAAGUGAUCAUAGUUUUUAUUCAUUUAGAAGUUUCAGAAAUGUAUUUCACAAAAAUAAUGAUUUCUUUUGCGAAUUAGCCAAAAUGCAGAUACGUGUGAAUAUCUGAACUCGUAAAAGACCGUCCUCAAAGGUACUACUUGCUGUAAACAAAACGAGUUACAAGCUGAAAUCACGUUUUGAACUGAUGCUGGUUUUAGAAAUGAAUUGUCGAGUCCAUUCAAAAUCGAAAAUAUUUCUGUUUGACCUCGAAUCCAAAAAAAACAAGCACUGAGAGUUUGAAUAUCGAAUAUGAACAUAAUGUUGAAGGGGAUUUUUUCUUUGCUAUGAGUUGAAAAGUUUUCUAUUCUUUAAUGCAAUCAAGACAAACUAGGAAAAUACUAGAAAAAAAGUCCGAAAAAAAGUUGGAAACCCAUUGGGAUCUGGCCAGCGGAGAAAUUUAUAAAAACAUAUCAUAGCUCGGAAAUCUUACUCAAAGAAAGGAUCAUUCUAUUUGAUCAACAAAACUUGCCCUAUUCACCCUCCAAAAUUAUGUUAUAUAGGAGAUAUUUACUUCUUGAACUAAGGCUUCAUAACUUUCUCAAGAGGAAUUUUUUAACAGGUCUGUAACACUGAUUCAAAAAAAGCUCAUCAAUUGGAGCCUAAUGAGUACGUAUUGUUAAAAUCGCUGUGAGAUAAGAACGUUACCAAGCUACAAAAAAAUCAGAAUGGUUGUGGCUGAGAAAACUUCGAACAGCUGUGAGUAAAAGAAAAUAAGAUUUCAAAAAAGAAAUUAACUGAAAUUCCCGAAAAUUCAGCUCCUGAAUAGUGGCUGUUCGUCGCAAUGCGUCGGCUGCUCAGGCCCUCAGCAACAGCAGAGCUUCCAGUACGUUUUAAACGUGCCUACUAACCUCUUCACUCCUCCAACGUUCCGAUAUGCCGUGGCCGCUAACAGUAACAUGUACGGUAUUCCCCAAUUUCGUUCCAGAUAAUAAAUUUAUACUACUGAUUUGAAAAAUUUUGUUUGAAUAACAGUUUUUGUAAGUAUAACCUUUUCAUUCAUUAAACUUGGUGUCUAAACUUACAAGUGUGUGGGUUGUUCAACUCUGUUCAUAUCGAAAUGGCCAUUUUUUUCGUGUCUAAUAUUUUUCAAAUUUGCAAUCUCAGAUAUACAAGAUGAAAAUUUUGACAAAACUGGCGAAAACUGCCAUUUUUUUUCGAUGACCUUUGAGGCUUCUAUCCUCGGACACAGAAAAGUAAAAAAAUUGAAAAUUUCAGAGCUUUCCUUCUUAUCAUCAAAAAUGGUUUUAUUGAACCUUCGAAAUAUCCCAGAGUGAUAAGGAAAAUGAACCGUUUUUGAAACAGCCUAGAUUGAUCAAAUGAAACUUGUGAAUUUCUCAAAGUUUUUGUCAGAGAAAAAAAACAAAAACGCUGAAUAAUUUCGUUAGCUACAGAUAAUCAAACAUGUAGUAGAAAAAAAAGAGCUGCUUUCGAAAAGAUCUAGAACCUGUUACAGAAAAAUUUUUUUGGUUUUUUUCCAUAAAAAAACGUGAUGUCAAACUGUGAAAGUUUGAAAAAUGAUUUCAUGUUUUAAUUUAAAAAGAUUCAAUGAAUCAAACAUUAUUAAUAUAUUGAAACUGAAAAAUUUCCAAUGUUUGAGAUCCUUGGGACUAUGUAUAAUAUAUAUACUACCCUGCAACUUUGCAUGUUUUUCAGUUUGGUAACAAUAUUGUAGAACCAAGUGAACCAUUCGGAAAUAAUUUCUUGUAGUGUGGUAAAUAACCCAUUUAACUCUAAAUACGUGCUCUUUUCAUCGAGCAAUUCAUUCAGAGCGCCAUGCUGCUCCAAUAACCCACAGUUCCAACAAGUUCAACAAUCAAGGACUUUCACAAACGGCGCGCAAACCGGUCAAAUGGUGAUGAUGUACAGCGGUGAGAAUUACUUAUUUUUCCAAAAAAAAAAGAAGCCGAAAAAUCCCCAAUGCAAAUUUUUCUUUUCGUGACUUUUAAAGUUUAAAUUUUGUCACAAAUUUCAAAAAAAAGGAACUUUUGACUUUUUGAGGGCUCUAGUGAGCUCUUGUCGCUUCAUGUUUGAUAAUGUUCAUAGUAUCCGGAGGAAUGCAUAUAAACUUUGCUUUCCAUGAAUACAAAAUCUCUUUAAAUGAGGCAGGCGGCAGAACAUCGUUUUCCAGGUAAUGGACAGCAGAAUUCCGCCGUCGUCUCAAGUUACAAUGCAGUAAACCAGGUCAGCGGCACAUUUAUCCGUAAACGCAUUCCAGAGAUCGAGAUCUGAAGGGACCUUUUGAAAAUUGAUGUUUUCAGGGGUCUCCGAACUACCAAAAUCCAGGACCGAUACCAGCGCCCGGCAGUCAGAUCUAUCCUCAAAAUGACCAGACCAAUCAAUUUGGCCUAACUCAAGCCCCAUUUUACAAUCAAGGAGGUGCUACUGUAGGCGGAGGAGUGUCCUCCAAUCCGACUAUUGGUGGAGGCGUUUCGCCUAUUUAUAACCAAAAUAGCGGUAGUGUUGGUGGAGGAGUUACGGCUUCUCCCAACAUCGGCGGCGGAGUCAACUACAAUCCUCCUCCAUACAACACUCAAGGAGGCGCUGUUAUAGGAGGAGGCGUCACUUCGGGACCAGCUGUCGGUGGCAACGUCGUUCCAAACCAACAAGGAACUUCCUACACAGCAACAUAUUCUCAAAGUUACGUUGGUGGUCCCACCCCGUCUCCGAACUAUGGAUCUCCAAACCAGCAAGGGUUUUCUUCAACAGCUACGCCAUUGAUUCCUAAUGAAGGAGUUGGUUAUCAGCCGUUUGUGCCUACCGGCAACACUGCAUACAAUAACGCCGGUGGCUAUAAUUCUGCGAACGCUGGAUAUGAUCAAGGACAAUCUUAUCAGCUUCCAAAUCAGCAGUUUGACGGUCAAGGCGUUCCACCAGGAAAUCAGCAAAUUCCUCCACAAAACCAAAAUCAACAGCAAGGAGUGAUUGGAUCUCAGCAAAACGGUCUCCGUGGGAGCACUACUCCUUUCCCUCAAAACAACCAACAAGGAGCAUCGAACAUUGGACAAUCGAAUAGCCAAGCUCCAUAUCCGGCUGAACAAUAUCCUGCUGGAACGACGUCAAAUGGUGAGCCGCAAUCAUUCCAAAAUGAGCCAUCCACACCUGCGUACCAAGAUCAAACAAAUAACAAUCCUGCAUUUUCAACACCACCCACUGUUUCUCAGGAUAAAACCGGCGGCAGCUCAGUUGUAUCGAGCAAUCAAGGUGGCCCAACCGGAGGUCCUCCCAGCACGACUAGUUCUAACUUUGAUCCUUCCUUAUACCUAAGCACUCGAAAUCCCAACUAUCCGGUGCCUGUUGUAGUAGGCGCAGGUGGUUCAACACCCUACCCUACUCAACAGAGUUCAAACCAAAACUUUCCUGCAACCGAGUCUUCUCCUAACAACGGCCAAAUAAUCACUGAGAAUCAAGGUGCAUCAUCGACUGGCGGCCAACAGUACCAGACUACGCCAUAUCCGCAAGGAUUCUCUUCCACGCAAGGACCUUUUGGCCCAACUCAGCAAACGCAAGGAGGAGCCACUCCUUUCCAAAGCACGCAGAGUCCGAGCAGCAACGUUCCUUUCAACGUCAAUCCGACAACUCAGCAGCCCUUCAACGGCCAGCCAACGUCUCAGCAGCCCUUCAACGGCCAACCAACGUCUCAGCAGCCCUUCAACGGCCAGCCAACGACCCAGGGGUUCCAACAAAGCACCGGUUUCAACACACCUCCUACAACUACAGUGAGUUGAUAAGUAAUCAAAAAAAAAAAAGGCAAAAAAAAAUUAAUUGAGCAUCUACUUGAUGUACUAAUGAAUCUGAAGUCAACAUAAUGCUCGAAAAAAAUAUGAGUUUUUCAGAAACAGCAGAUAAAAAUAAUAAAAAAAGAUUUUUAAAACAGCUCUAAUCAUUUCCAUUCACAUUAUCAAUAGAAACACUUGACUCUUUUAUUAAAAAAGUCAAAAUAUUGCUAUCUAAGUGUUUUUUGAGUUUGCACGAUCUUUUGAGCAUGAUAAGAUGUUGUAUUUCAUGUCGUGAUGUAAAUUUCAGAUGAUUCCAUCAGGUCAAAAUGCAGAUGGCACGUUUUUCAAUCCACAGCAGCAGAACCAGUACGAUCAAGGGUCAACCGUCCCACAAGCGCAGUAUCCAAGCCAACAGGAAAUUAUGGCUGCAAGUGGGCAAAACAGAUCUGGAGGAGGGAACGGCGUCACCCCGAGCACGCCUCAGCCGCAGUUUCCAAGUCAGCAGGAAAUUCUUGCAGCCUCAGGCCAACCGACAUCAAGCUUGGCCUCGGGCAACACUGGAGCUCCAGCAACUAACUUUGUGACUCCACAGCCGCAGUUCCCUUCUCAACAAGACCUUUUGGUGGCCGCUGGACAGAACCCAAACGCACAGAACUCCGCUUCGUUCAACCUUCAAACAGUUGGCUCAACUCCUCAACCACGAUUUCCUAGUCAGCAAGAGCUAUUGACUGCUUCUGGCCAAACACAAGCCGGUCAGCAGUUCGUGGGCUCAAGCGGCAACCAAGCAGCAUCUGGUACAAUUCCUCCAGCUCAAUUCCCGAGUCAGCAAGAGCUCUUGGCCAGAGAGCAACAGGUUGGCUCUACUGUGGCACCAAACGGCGGCGUCUUCCUGAGGCCUCCGUCUGACAACGUUAGUGGUCGUGUGCUUAAAGUCAGUUGCAUGCUUUUUCCCUUCUUGUCAAUAUCACUUUUUUUGUUUAUUGACAAAGCGUUCAUGUGUAUAGCAUGAUUGGAUUUGGAAACUUGCCGUCUUAAAGUUUAGAUCAGAUUUUGGGUUUCACCUUUCUUGUCAGUAUUUCGCACAAGGUCGGUCACGAAAACAAGCAUUUUUCUUCUUUUUUUUUAUAGCAAAAUUAUAGUACCCUUCAUUUCCUGCAUGAUUUAAAGUCUUCCUUUUGUUCCUGAAAGUCUAGACUUUCCAUUCCAACUUCUAUAAAAAAAUAUUUUUUUCAGAAAGUUCCCGGCCAGCCGGGGUACACACCUUUGUAUUCUGACGGUAAUAUGAACACGCAAUAUGGUCGCUAUAAUAACCAAUCAGGAGCUGGUAGGUUUAACAAAAGCUCAAAAACCCAAGACUCAUUAUUCGAGAUAUGACACAGUCUGGCUAGUUUAUUCUAGAAAUCAAACUAGGAAAAAAAACCUAGUUAAUUCAAAAUGAAGUCGAAAAUAGCAUUGGUAGUACCAUCCUGCUUUGGCUUACAAAUAACCGCUUCACUCCCUCAAAGUUCCAUUUCAGAACCUAUCCAAGGAGCGCAAUUCGACCAACCAAGAAAUGAUAUCGAGAAAUCCUCAGGUAAAAUAGCUUACAAAAUCAUACGGAAAAAGUUUCUCAUACUAACAUUGAAAAACGUUUUCCUGCAUUAACGUACCUAUUCAGUAACUCAUGAUAAAUGCGAAAUUUGUUCGAGUUAAGUUAUUAUUUUCUAGCUUUUUCAAUCGUUUUCAACAACAACUGGAAAAAAAACGUGUAAAAUUUAAAACUCACAUUUUACUCAAUUUUUUUGAAAAAGUAGCUGGUAAUUUUUCUAGUACCUAAAAAAAUUUUCUAAGCGCCAAAAAAAGUCGCAAAAAGCUUGUCAAAAUGUGUAAAACAUUUUUUUGAGUGUUACUUUUUAUCUUAUUUUUUUAUUUCAAAAAAACGAAAAACUCUGACAAAUCUCAUAUCAAGCGAAGCAAUGAAAUUUUUUCUCAAAAAGGUUUUUUUCGAAUUCUCUGCUAUGUUCUAAACAAAAAAAUUUUUUUAGAUCGAUCUAUAAUUCAUGCUUAAGCCACUUUGCUAGUUAAAAAUGGAAAAAAAGAGCUUUAAGGAUUAAAAAAAAUUAUUAACAAAUUUACAGCUCGCCUCACAAGUAUUCUCGCGGCGUUUCUAAUGGCGAUCAUCUUCUUCUAA